AUGAGUCCCCUCGCUGCAGCCUCCACCUCCUCCCCCCCCUCAGAAGUUAAAUGGGAAAUGGCAGACACUAACACGUCUCGCCUCACCACCACACCUCGCUGCCAAGCCAACGCGAGGCGGCGAGGGCAUGGGCGCCUCACCCGGCAUCUCACCGUCGUGUCGGCCAAUGUCAGGGGACUGCGCACAAAUGUUGGCGACCUCACCCACAAUUUUGUCCUGCGCCAUCGAGCCGACGUUGUUGCUGUGACGGAAACGUGGCUCACUGAGGAGGUGGAGCCGACGUUUGGCAAAAUCCCGGGUUAUUCCCACUGGCCUCCGCUGAAGCAGCUGGGGCCAGUGGGCAGCUCUGACCACUAUGCCGUACUGGCUCGAGUUGAGCUGACCACAGAGAGGGAAGACGCAGUCCCGCGCACCAUCUGGCUUUGGGAGAGGGCCGACUGGCCGUUAGUGAGACACGCCGUGGAGGACACGGACUGGGAGACCCUGUUGGUGGAGGACGCCGAGGCUAAGGCACGGGCUUUCACCAUCAAGCUCCUUGCCCUCCAGCAACAAUGUGUCCCCAGCAGGGUGUACCUCGCCAGGCCUAGUGACCCCGCUUGGUUCGGUUUCCGAUGCAGGGUUGCUGCCGAGGCCAAGCAUGCAGCCUGGGAGAGGCCUGACGGAUCCACGGCCACAAGCAGUGGAGACAAGGCCUCGCUCCUGGCUGAACUGUUCGCCAAGAAAAUGAAGGUUGGUGACACGGGACGACCCGCACUCGUGCUGCCCCAGGAAACCGACCGUGUUGUCUCCUCUGUGUCGGUGACGGCAGGGCAGGUUGAGCGGCUGCUCAACGCCCUGGACGCAGGUAAAGCCAUGUGGGCGUGGAGUGGCGUGUGCAGCGGGCGUGCGUGGGUGUCGGCGCGCGGAGGGUCCCACCACCACCCACAACAUGGCGGCGGGGGUUGGGGCUUCGUCCUUCCCCUCGUGCUGCUGCUCCUCCCCCCCUAUGCCCCCCUGGCAGCCUCGCAGUACACAGAGUCCGGGGCGUGGGUGGGCGUCGAGAACAACACCGUGGUCAACGUGAAGGCCCAGCUGGGCUACACCGCCUUCCUGCCCUGCUCCGUGCGCAUGAUCGGCGACAAGCAGAUUUCGUGGAUCCGCCGUCGGGACUGGCAUGUGCUCACCUCCGGCGUCUUCACCUACACCAACGACGAGCGCUUCUCAAUCACGCACAGGGACGGCGCCGACGACUGGACGCUCUCCAUCAAGUACCUUCAGGAGCGGGACAACGGGACCUACGAGUGCCACAUAUCCACCGGGACAGGAAUCGUGAGUCAGUUCGUGAACCUGAACGUGAUCGUGCCUGAAGCCUUCAUCCUGGGCAAUAGCGAGUACCACGUGGAGACUGGCUCGCCCAUCAACCUCUUCUGCAUCAUUGAACAGACGCCCAUCCCGCCACAGAUGAUCUCCUGGAAGCACAACGGUCGACUCCUGAACUACGACCAAGAGCGCGGCGGCGUCUCAGUGACCAUUGACCACGGCGCUAAGACUUCCUCGCGCCUCGUCAUAUCCAACGCCGUCACCUCAGACUCCGGCAACUACACCUGCGUCUCCCCCAACACCAGGCCCGCCGUGGUUCAUGUCUUCGUCAGCCAAGGCGACAAAACCGCAGCCAUCCAGAGGAGAACGUCGGGCAGCCAGAGCGUGAUGGGGCUGCACGGGCGGUGGUGGGCCGUCCUCCCCUCCCUCUCCCUCCUGUGGGCGACCUACCCCGCCGCCAACCUUCUCUUAUAGUCAGGCUCUCCCCGGCCAUCACACCCACCCCUUCCCCGCCCACCAGACGCAGCUCCUCGUGGGCUGUACUAGUGUAGGGGCGCAAUUUUCUGCUUGUCUUGCACCGCUCAUCAUGUUUGUGUUUCAAGAGGUUUACUGGGAUGGUGUGUCAGUGUGCGUGCGUGUGUUGCCCCCUUGACAGUGUGACGCCGAAGAGGGACAUGUGGCCAUCAGCGUAACGUGUUUUGGCCGCUAACAGACAACGGCGGUUUCCUUUGGGUGUCUCCUGUAGUGAACACGAGGCUACAAACAUAACGACUCAAAAACAGUGUGGGCGCUGGUUUAUGUUAUACUCGACCUAAAUAAAGUGACGUGUGGUAUCUAAUAAAGUGUAACAUUUUGUGGGCGUCUCCAGCACUACAAAAUGAGGAAAAAAUGGGUAAUACCGUUCCGCCCGUAGCCAGUGUAGCUUCCAGGAGGUGUAUGAUACUUGGCCGAGUAUACAUUGCGUCCUACGGCCUACCACGUGGCGUCUCAAGAAUCACGUAGCCACGAUAACAAGAUGCGAUUCUUGCGUCAGGACGCGGCCUGCACUGGACUACCGGGACAUCUUGAGAAGAAUGAAGAGAUUGCCACACUAAGAACGCGUGCCCUGCAGCAAGAUCCGUGAGGGCGGGCCAGCUAGCCAGUUUGGAUCCUUCGCUAGCAUGGCUCCAUCACACAAUGAUUCGAAGAGAAGCUACAGCGUGACGACGCGUAGCUGCAUAUAGUGUUAAUGAAUUGAUAACGAAAUAAUAAUCAUGCAUUGUUACUAUCGUUAAUACACGAAAAUAACAUUCCAUAACAAUUCAAAUAUUUUUUUUUAUAUUUUCAAAAUUACACAUUGUAAUAUUCUGUGAACGGUCUUGUCUGACGCCUUCAAGUGGGCUGCAGAGCCACGCUGACUGGCAGACACGUCCACCCUGGCCUGAGCAUCUAGAGAGUACGUGGCUGCUGCAGAGGACUAGCCUGAUAAGCUUACCGUGCCGUGCUCUCCGUCCUCCCUAAGUCCUGAGAGGAGGACGCCCCGAGUCAGCACCCCACCGAGGCCACAGCCACGGACUCUUUCUCGCCGGGGGACACUUCCCCGAGGACUCGCCGCCUACUGCCGUGUGUGCCGUGACCGAGGCGCCCAGCCACAACCACUUACUGUUACCCGCCGCGCGACACUUCCCCGAGGAUUUACCGUUUUUAGUUGUGUGUCAGGUGACAGCUCAAGGACGAACAGCCUGUGCCGAGGGCCGUGCGCGCCGGCUGGUGCAGGGAGGAGUGUGUCAGCCAUCCCUUCCUCCCUCCCUCCCGCCAUCCCUCCCUUUGCUCUGUCUGUAGCGUAGACUAAUUUUUAUAAACCAAAAAAUAAGACAAAUACAUUCAUCUGUGUCUGACGACAUUAUUACCUGUAAGGGUGUGAGCGAGUGGACGCGUGACUGUGUGUAUAAUACUUAUAUAACAUUAUGUAAGUACAUGUGGGAUGUAACCUAAAUACAUAUAUUAUCAGAAUAUAAAAAAAAAAGGCAGGAUGUUCAAACCAUAGGAAUGUCGAACUCUAUAUUUCGUAACGUGUCUGUACCCAACACUAGUGACGUGCACAUGUUACCCUUACCGCGUGCACAAUGUAUGUAGCUGAUGUGUGCACACACCACCACCACCACCACCACCCCCUGGGAGGGCCCCGUCCCCCCACCCCCCUAGUGAUCCACACGAGGAACGGGACUCCCAGGGGUCAGGAGGCGUGCCCUCACACCCGUGUACAUAACUCUCAGUGCUCGUGUUGCAGGCCGGACAUCCUCUGCUGCUGCUGCUGCUGCUGCUGCUGCUGCUGCUCAGGGAAGGAAAGACGGAAAACACCAUGGGUUCAGGCCACCCUCGGGCAGCGUAGAGCGCCUUGUUUAAGCCCCUUGGCAGCGUUUCUUUCCGCCUAGUCUUUCUCUCUGCCGCUCGAUACCGCCACGAACCUCCCGCCAAUUGCUUUAAUCAGGUAGAAACGGAAACUAUGACACUGUAACGCGUGUUUUCCGAUUCCCGUCUGUGUUUCUUUCCUCCUCACUCCCACAGUUCAGUUCGGCGCCACAAGCUUCACUCUUUUUUUUCCGCCAGCCAGAAAUGAAAACUGUGGCGGCUCUGUGACGCGUGUAGUUCCGGCGCUGCGUCAGUGUAUUCCUUCGGGACGAUCGAUGGCUAUGGUCGUCGUCUUUUACUCCUUCGGUACUGCUAUCUAUAACUCAUAUUUCCCCAAGGACAGCGAGGCGACACAAGCCACGGAAAAAAAAGAAAGAUGGGGACGGCAAACCCUUCCCUAUUUUACAGCUCAUUUAUAUACAUUGCAUUUGCCGCCACCUGGCUCACCUUAAUUAGUUUUGUGGGAAAAAAUGGAAGCCCAGCCCGCGCCCUGCCGUUCAGUCCAAAGAUUCACGAUGCAGAUAAAUUCCACAACGUCUAUUACAGACUUUAUGAUUUCAAUUAACAAAGGGAUUUAAUUUCACCUCGCUAACAUAUCACCCGGGGAAACAGAGUUAAGGCUUCCUGCGUCAGAGGCGGUCAACUUACACACGGAAUAGUUUAUGCUGCUGAAUUUUAUUAACGUGUGGUAAAUACUAAAAUGUUUCCACACAGACCCCCCCCUCUCUCUCUCUCUCUCUCUCUCUCUCUCUCUCUCUCUCUCUCUCUCUCUCUCUCUCUCUCUCUCUCUCUCUCUCUCUCUCUCUCUCUCUCUCUCUCUCUCUCUCUCUCGCUCCGGAAAGGAAAAUGUGGUGCAAAUCCAGGUGGAUCAGCGAGGCAGAAGGGCAAGAGGGAAAGUAAUGUUUAAAAAAAGAAUCUUUCCCUCCGUGAACAGAUUUUCUUUCUUCUUCCCCUUCGUCGAUUCCCUCCAUUUGCUCCCCUUUUACCCUUCCCUCUCUAUCUUCGCCUGUCUCGUUCCUCCUGACAAUAGUUUCUCCUUUCCACUUCUUCCUCCUUCUGAUUUUCUUCUCUUUCCCUUCCCACUUUCCUUUGCCUGCACCUUUUCCUCCUCUUUCCCCUAACUUUUUUUAAUCCUCCUCCUCCUCCUCCUCCUCCUCCACCUCGGCACGUAGAGCGGUAAAGGGCAGUUAUGGCACAAACUUCCAUGGGAGUAACUCACCGAUAAAAUUGUAAUUGAGAAUAUUGCGAAACUUUUCUCCUCUUAGACCAAAUAUAUGUGCAAAAAGAAAUCCUUAUUCUCCACGUAACUGCUCUCCACCCUUCCCUCCCUCAACGCUCCCUUCCUCUCCCGUUCCCCCUUCCCUCCCGACUCUUUAACUCUUCCUAUACCCUUCCCUUACUCUCUCCUUGUCAUCGCUUCUUCCUCUCUGUCCCUGCUCUUCCUUUCCACUCCCUUUCACUUCUCUUUCUUUCCCUCCUAUUCCUUCCACCCUACUAGUAAUUACAAGUCUUUCCACAUUCGCUUCAUCCCUUACCGCUGCCCUUCCAUUUUGCUUUGCUUUUAUAAUUGCCCCACCUAUCCGACCACUUCUUUAUCCUCCCCGAUACCUCCCUUUCCCUUCCCUUGUCCUACCCAUACGCUUUCCUUUCCCAUUCAGUGUAUAACUCCCAUGUCUCCCCGACCCUUUCCUCAUUCCCCCCAAUACCUUUCUCCCAGUCCCCCCCCUCUUUUCUUAUUCGCCCCCCCACCCCCACCCCCCCCAUACCAUUCCCUGACGUCUCCUCCCUUCCUGACCCCCAAGACUCAUAACAUCCUGGGGUUUGAUCGCCUUCUAAUUCUUUGGUUACGAGAAAAAAUUCCGGCGUUUUUGUUUUAUCUAGUUUUCAAUUUUCCUGUGACGUGUUUUUUAAUGAUGGGUCAGAGGGAAUGAUACCCUAUGAGAUGUUUAUAAUUUGCUUAAUUUUUACUAUUACUCUCUCUCUCUCUCUCUCUCUCUCUCUCUCUCUCUCUCUCUCUCUCUCUCUCUCUCUCUCUCUCUCUCUCUCUCUCUCUCCCCCCCCCCCAACUACUACUGCAUGGUUCUGAUACGGUGUCUUCUUAAUACACAUUCCUGGAUAUAUUUCCCUGCCCGGCCAAUGAGUUCCCUCACACCUGUACGUACAUUGUCAUGCCGCGUACUUGAGUCCCUGAGUCAGUAACGCCCAUUCCAGACUUUCCGAACCUAGAUACUUCAUUAAGCCUUCUCGCCUCCCCGGCCUGAGCAGCAGCAGCGGGAUGCCUCGGCCACACGUUCUUUUAUUAAGACUUUUUUUCUACGCCCCAAAAAAACUGUGAUACAAACAGAUGUACAGCCAUUCUACAUGAAGCAUUAUUACGAUCAUCCACCUUAUCUGUAUAUAGCGCUGCUCAAGAGUGCGUCGUCGUGCGCUGUUGGAUCUUGAAUGAUGCUAAUGACAGUGACGAUGAUGAAAAUGACGAUAGGACUUUGCACAGCAGAAAGCGCCAGACAAGAAAGAGAAUGACACUACAAGUUCCCUUCCUGGCGCGACGGACAGCGGGCGAGGCUCAGCCCGGCACAGGAGCUGUGGACUGAAAGGCAAAGCUCCCAGCUGUCCCCCGGCUCCCACGGCUGAGCCUGCAGUGAUUUUUCUUUCUUUCUUUCUUUGUAUCUCCUUCUGUCUCUGUCUAUGUAUUUAUAUCUAUCUAUCUGAUAUCUAUCUAUCCAUCCCCCGGCAGCCUGGCCGCGGCCCGGACCGUGGCCGCCGCCGCCACAAAGCUGCCGGGAUGGCCGUGGCUCAUCAUCCCUCACGCCCAGGAGUCCGUCUCUCGGUGUUUGAUGUCGCAACAACAACAAAAAAAGAUAAAUCUCAGUUGUACUGCUUUUUUUGUGUUUACUCGCUAUAUAAAAGAGACACGUGUUGCACAGUGUGAAUGAUACUUGAUCACCCGGUGAAAAGUUAAGUAAAAUCUCGUAGGGAAACAUUGCCUUUGAAGGACAAAUGGAAAAAUAUAACACGCACUUUGAUAUCACCAAGAACUUAGAAUAAACAAGGUAAUUUUUUUGUACUUUAUUGAAGUAGUGUCCGUGAACUCCCUCUGCCACUCAAGAGAUCAGAGUCGCUGUGUGCGAGGCGCUGCCGGGCCCGGCUGGCCUAGCUGGCCCCAGCAUCCACGCCCCCAGACCCAGCAGGGCGUGUAAGGUCGCCGCCAAGCCGCGUGGCUGAGGUGGCGCGUCAGCAGAUUAACUCACGAGGCCGCGUGACGCCGUGCCCGAUUUCUCGUGGUUCCCAUUGUGCCAUAGUACUGUAUUGGCACUCCGGCUCACGCUGGCGCUCUGUCCGCUCACCUCCCCUAUUCCCCCACCACACCCCUCUGGGGCACCUGAGCCCCGGGCGCCGCGUCCCCCACGCCGCGGGCCCCAGGGAGCCAGCGUGGGUCCUCCCGGCCCUUCUGGCGGCGCGGGAGUCUCUGUGUAGUGUUCUUUACAAUAAAACUACCAAAAGUUUGCUGUGUCUGUUCACCUUUGCCCCUUCCCUCAA